AUGGAUACCACCUUCAUCACCAUCCACGAUCUUUCCGAUGACGCCCAUAUCCUCUACUCGUCCGACUCGAUUGUCGACAUCCUCGGCCACACGCCUGAUGAGGUCGUCAACAGAUCAGUAUGGCAGUUCUUCCACCCCGACGAGGUUCCCUUCGCCAAGGAGCACCACAGUCGAGGAGUGAGACUCGACAAGGCUGCCGUGCUUUCUUACUGCCGCCUGAGGAACCGUCAGGGUGACUGGGUGGGGUGCGAGUGCUGCUUCUCUGUUGUCUACGAUGUAAUCGUAUGCUGCACCAGCAUUUACCGCAAUGGCAUGCAGAGCCAGAAGCGAGCUGCUGAGGCUCCCAUUGUGCGCAAGAUGUUUGCCUCUUCCCCAAAGGAUCCACGUUAUCACAUGUUGUCUCAUCUGUCCAGCAAGUUUCAUCUCGGUCCUGAACAACAGACGCACGAGCCCCGAGCGGCCCUCUUCAUCAACAGGUUCACCCGAACUCUGACCGUCAUGUAUGCUACGAGUGGCAUUGAGCAGAUCAUCGGCAUCUCCGGAGAGGCCAUGAAGGGACGCAGCCUCUACUACUGUAUUGCCCCAAACUGCCUCGAGGAUGCCGUUCGAUGUAUCGAGUCCGCCAAAGGCAACGACUCUAUUGCUUACAUGCGCUUCUUCUUCCGCGACCCACGCCAAGAUGACCCUCCUGAAGCCACGGCGUCUGAGAGCGAAGACGAUGCCAUGACGGACGUCACAGCUUCUGAAGAUGAGUCCGAGGGUGGGGUGGAGACUGAGGGUCCUUCUAGUUCAGAGGGCACAGGCUCAAGGCAUCGUGCGCAUCCUUCCAAUAGCCUGGGCAAUAGCGAAGAACCAAGCGCACGAAACAAUUCUGGUGCUCCCAACUCAUCUACGUCGUCAGGGGGCUCACCUCGCUCAGAGGCUCGCGACGGCACCAUUGAACUCGAAGCCGUCAUCUCCUGCACCUCGGAUGGGCUGGUCGUAUGUCUGCGACGUGCCCGCCCAAUGCUACCAGGAACAAUGCCUGUUGCGCAACCUGCACAGCAAUACAACGGCAUUUACGCGGCACCUUGGGCAAAUCAACCCAUCUUUCACCCUGCCCCUCCUCAAAUGCCGCCCUACCCCCUGGGCGCCCAACAUCCAGCCAUGGUGCAGGCUGGACCAUCACUGCAAUUCCAAAACAACUUCAUGCAGACUAUUCGCGAUGUUGCUGUCUUCGCUUGGGCUCUUACUGGCAUCAACGGCUGCCUUACAGACUAUGCUCGAGGUAACCCAAUUGGCAACAGUCAGCCUUCCGACGGUUUUCCGGUUUGGAAACCUCUGCCUGACCCAACUCAAGUCGGUAGGCAAUCUACAGCGUCUUCUGGCUAUGUCUCCGGGUCUAAUAGCUCCUCGAGCAACGACCCAUUCGGGUUUGGCGACCCUGGACUCCGCUGA